AUGUCGUCCAACUACCCGGCAGCUCCACCAUCUUACGCCCCUAAGGGCGGCUAUCAGCCCAUUCCUCAGCACGAUGCUCCCUCCUAUGGUGCUGCCGAGACCAGCGCUGGUGUCGGUGCCGCACCUCGCGAUGUCGACCAGGAAGGCGACCCUGAUGACUUCAAGUUCGGUGUCACGGUCGAGCAGUCUUCUCCUGAGAUCAGAGCAAUGUUCUUGAGAAAAGUUUAUACGACACUAUUCCUUCAGAUCCUCGGCACUACCGCCAUCGCAGCGAUCAUGACCACCCAAGGUGUUGCCAGCUGGGUCCAGCAAAACCAGUGGGCCUUCAUCGUGCCACUAAUCGGCAGUCUUGUCACCAUGGGCUUCUUGUACUGGAAGCGUCACUCGCACCCCACCAACAUACUCCUCCUCUCUCUCUUCACCGUUCUCGAAUCGCUCUCUCUCGGCACCGUCAUCACCUACGUAGACCAGAAGAUCGUCCUUCAGGCCAUGGUUAUCACUGCCUUCACUUUCCUCGGUCUCACCCUCUUCACUCUCCAGUCCAAGUGGGACUUCAGCAGUCUCGGCGGCUGGCUCUUUGGUGGUCUGAUGGUUUUGGUCGGCGUCGGAUUCGUUGGCAUCUUUUUGCCCUACAAUCAGACCUUUGACCUGAUCAUGGCCGGUGCUGGUUGCGUCAUCUUCAGUCUUUACAUCGUCUACGACACUUGGCUCAUUCAGAGAAGGCUCAGCGCCGAGGAGUGGGUCUUGGCUAACAUAAGCCUCUACCUCGACAUUGUCAACCUGUUCAUCAACAUCUUGCGCAUCCUCAACAACCAGUCUCGCGACUAA